AUGGCGUCCAAAGCGGCAACGAAGGCUGCCGGCGAAGCCGUCAGCAUCACAAAGAAAUACACCCUCCAAUCCACCGGCAUCUGGGAGCGCAUCCGGCGGGCGACAGCCAUCGACCCGAACCGGUCCAACGGCGUGCCGCUGAACCCCUACAACCGGGUCCCCGCGCCGGGCAGCAACGACCCCAAGCAGUACGACGACCCCGUGACGGUGCCCGCCGGCGACAUCGCCGACAACCCCUACUGGAAGCGCGACGCCCGCCGCAGCUACCCGCGCCACAGCAUCGUCGGCCAGGCCCAGCAGGUCGCCCUGCUCACCGUCGGCAGCGCCGCCGCGCCCCGCGUCGAGCUGGUCGGCGAGGAAGGGUCCAAGGCCCUGGUGGCGGCCGAGGAGUCCGGCAAGGAGACGGGCGUGGCGGGCUAUUUGGAGAGCAGCGGUGUCGAGGCGGCCAAGCGCGUGCUGGAGCUGAGUGGUGGUCUGCCGCCGCUGCCGAGCGGCCAGAGCUUGGCGACGGGGAAGUGGGAUGUGCACAAGUUCAACCUGGAGACGGAGCAGUCGUAUGGUGAAGGGUGA